AUGAAGCCUCCCCCUUCCGGCACCGGCCGGGUUUUUUCUAAAGAAAAAAAAUUAGGAACAGCGCUUAAGAAAGCACGUGAGAAAGGAUAUAGUAAGGUUGCGUCACCGUCUUGCGGCUCUCGUCCGGCUUUGCCAGAUACUGAUAGGAGUAAUGACAUACCGGGAACAAGUCUAACUUUCAACGGCCUUUUUUCCGCCUUGCCCAUCAAAGAUGUUAUCAAGCAAGCUAUAGAAUCGAUGGGCUAUGAAAAAAUGACGGAAAUACAGGAAAACUGCAUACCACCGUUGCUGGAACAUAGAGACGUGAUGGCAUCUGCCAAGACCGGCAGCGGAAAGACUCUUGGAUUUUUGAUACCAAUUGUGCAGCUUAUGCUUGAUCUAGAGCUCCAGGCUCGAAAUGGCACAGGUGCUAUUAUCAUUUCUCCCACUCGUGAAUUGAGUCUUCAAACUUAUGGUGUUCUUAAGGAAUUAACCCAAUUUACUAAUAUCCGAAUUGGUUUAAUUAUGGGUGGCAACAAUAGGCAGACUGAGGCUAAUAAUUUAGCUAAAGGUGUCACUAUUUUAGUUGCGACACCUGGAAGACUUCUAGAU